CCCUGCUUCCCCCGGUACUCACACCCCCCUUUGCCCACUCCUACCGGAAGAUUCGAGAUGGUUUUGCACUGUUAGUGCGAUCAUUCUGAUAAUCUCGUCCUACGCCAUCCAUCCAUCUACCGAUUAUACCUGAAAGAAGUGGAAAAUCGAGAAUGUGGGCAAAAACUGCGGACAAGCCGCGGUCAUCGAUGGGGAAGAGAAAGCUGCUGCGGUUUGUCGUCAUCAGCUGCCUCGUUACCAGCUUCACCAUCUUCCUUUGGCCCCGUCUAGAAUCCCCGCGCGUGACCACAGAAACCGUCUCCAACAUUACCAUCACAUCCGACGUUGGCUGCGAACCGGACUAUGAAGCUCUCCGCCGCUUGAAUGUCCAGAAACUGACCCAAUACGUGCGACGCGAAGUAGUCGCCUCUGAGUCCCCCAGCAAUAUCUUGCCCCUGUCACAACGUCUCCAAGUUCCCUUAUUUCCGCAAAAGUCCCAUGGCGACCAACUUCAUCUACCGGAGGAGCUCAUGCAUGAGGACUGCUUAAUACCACACCCGGUGGCGCUCCAAGUCCCGACACCCCCCAGACAUGCGGAUGCAUCCCACAUCGACUUUGGUGUCGCUACAACGAUAGAACGGCUGAAUGACUCGUUGGACGCGUUUUCUCAUUGGGCGGGUUACACCAAUGCUCACAUCUUUGCCUUGGUUGAGCCCGAUGAGAGGGCACACGAGGUGUUGCUAAAGGCCGAUGCGCUUGGAAUAAAUCUCUCAAUAUCGGAGUCGAGUGAAGAGUACCAACGCCGAUACUUUUCGCUGGUCCCUCAUCUGGCCAAGAAUAUGCGUCCUGAAACAAGAUGGUCGUGCGUCAUGGACGACGAUACUUUCUUCCUCUCGAUGCCAGAGCUCGUGAAAGGGCUUAAGGAGUAUGAUGAUACGAAACCUAUGUAUGUCGGUGGGCUGUCUGAAAGCAUCCCACAGGUCGGAGUUUUCGGGUUGAUGGGAUUCGGAGGCGCUGGCGUCUUCUUGUCCCGGCCUCUGAUCCAAGAAUUGAGCCGGCCGGAAGUAUUCGAGGACUGCCAGAGAAUGGAUGUAACCGGCGACCGCAGAAUUUCCCUUUGCAUUUACCAGUACACCGAUGUUCGUUUAACCAUCGACCACCGCCUGCACCAGCUUGAUAUGAUGGGCGAUGUGUCCGGGUUUUUCGAGGCGGAACGACAACCGCCGCUGUCAGUGCAUCACUGGAAGUCUUGGUUCCACGCAGACAUGGCCAAAGCCAGCGCUGUUACCGAAAUUUGCGGUGAUUCAUGUCUCCUGCGGAAAUGGCAUUUUGGAGACGGCUGGAUCCUCACCAACGGCUUCUCGGUGGUGAAGUAUAGCAGCGAGAAAAAGCCAGGCGACAGAAGCAUGGAGCUCACGUGGGACAGCCACAACGGUGCAGUUUUCGAGUCAUACCUGCAUGAGCUGGGUCCUCUCCGCUUAAAGGACGAGGGAAAGAUCAGCUACCUGCAUGAGGACGCCAUCAUUGACGGAAACCGCGUCCGUCAAUGGUACGUCCACCGUGACCCAGAGAAAGGUGAUCAAAUUCUAGAGUUGAUCUGGCGGACAGCCUAAGAUUGGCCGCCCGUCUGCAUUGCGCAUCUACCAUUUGCGCAAUCCCUCCCAUCCCUCUCCGCCCUCAUAUUUUCGCCUUCCACCACCAUCAAAAUCACCUGUACUGCUUCUUCAAGCUACAGGUUCUAUCUCAUGUCUCCCCCCCUGACUUGCUCACUCAUAUAUGAAGAGGGAUAUUCCUUUCACUCCCUCUUCUACGCUAGCCACGUUUAUAAUUUUGCUUCUUUCUUACGGCGCAUAGAUCAUGAAACUUGACUUGAUUGUUUAGCUUGGGAUGAUAUCAGAUUCGUGCGCGAUACAGGUACAUAGUCUUGGGUUUCUUACAUUCUUACACUUCCAUACCAAUUGUACAUUUAUUCUCGGAUGGACCCGGUUGUGUUGCUUUGUAUAGCGCUGUUAGACUGAAAUAAAAGAAAUAAUUUGCAAAAUCCAUGCCACUU